AUGUCGGGCAAAGGUGCAAAGGGCUUGUUGACGGGGAAAACCCCAGCAGCAUCCAAGGACAAAGACAAGGACAGCAAGAAAAAACCGACCUCUCGCUCCUCACGCGCCGGUCUUCAGUUUCCAGUGGGACGUAUCCACCGGCUCCUCAAGGAGCGAGUGAUGGCUCAUGGUCGUGUCGGGGCCACAGCCGCCGUGUACUCAGCUGCCAUCCUGGAAUACCUCACGGCUGAGGUUCUUGAGCUGGCCGGAAAUGCCAGCAAGGACUUGAAGGUGAAGCGUAUUACGCCACGUCAUCUACAGCUGGCGAUACGUGGAGAUGAGGAGCUCGACACUCUCAUCAAGGGAACGAUUGCGGGUGGUGGCGUAAUCCCGCACAUUCACAAGUCCCUCAUCAACAAGUCCUCCAAGGAAUGA